CACUGCCAGACCUCAGAAUAACGCAAGAACUACUGGUGAAUAGCAAUUCUGUAUCUAUCACACUUGGAUUACAAUCAUGACUCUAGAACUGGAAGAGAUCUUUGAACAGGAGAGCGCACUCGAUACCACUGAUAGAGUGCAAAGUGCAGGCACAGCCCUGGAGGAGUUGUUGGUGUCUGCAAAGAAGCAGGACAACCUUACGGUGGGAGUCUACGAGUCUGCCAAAGUUAUGAAUGUUGAUCCAGACAAUGUGGCAUUCUGCGUUCUGGCGACAGACGAGGAGUACGAAUGCGACAUCGCUCUCCAGAUCCACUUCACCCUCAUCCAGGCUUUCUGCUUCGAUAACGACAUCAACGUGGUGCGCGUUAACGACAUCGAGCGCCUGGCUGACCUCGUGGGCACAGACGAGACCGGCGAACCCAAGGACGCGCAUUGCAUUCUUGUCACGAGCCCUGGUGCUGAGUCAUGGAAAGACCCUGCACUGGACAAACUGCAUCAGUUUUGCAAGGAGAGCCGCAGUGUGUAUGACUGGGUUCCCACCAUCACCCUCCCCGAACGCUGAACAACUUAACCCUCUGCAUGCUUCAUUUGAUGAUGAUGAAGAUGACGAAGAGAGCAUAAAAUGUCCGGAACCUCAGGGUUUGAAGCCUGCCUGUUGGAAUACAAGGCUGUGGCUGUAACCCAGGACAGUGUGCAGUCUGGUUUGGCAGAGCAGGUUCUGGAUUAUCCUAUGGAAGGGUAACGGCUCACAUGUGGACUGGCUCAGGUGUAUGUGGACUGGGCCCAUGUCAUUAAAGCCCAGAACAGGAUGAGGAGUUGAACUGGACUGGACUCUGCAGUACAUAGAUCAUGACCCUAUAGCUGCCCUGACAAGGGCCAAUGGUAAGGGGUGAACUGAGGAGAUGGUCAGAGAAAGCGAGAGAAGGGAGGAGAAGAAAUGGAUGUGUAAAAAUGUGUAACAUGGCUGGAUGUAAGGUUGUGGUAGAAAGAGACGUGAAAGAAGGUGGCUCUCAGAAGAGAAAGGAAAAUAUUGGACUUUUCCAAAGCCAAUGGGAAAUUCUCAGAUUGAAACUCAGAGACAUUCACUUCCUUAACAUUAUUAUUUUAUUGAUUAUUUUACUGUCAAAUUAUGCAAAAACACAUGCAAUGUCAUUCUGUUUGUUAUGAAACUGUAAAAGCAUUUUACACCAUUUCUUAAUAAAUGCUUUAAACUUUA